AUGAACUUCUCUUCGUCACCUUCUGCGAGAACUUCAGUCCGAUCAACAUGGAGAAAAUGGUGGUUAUGCAUCAACCGCCACCCGACUCUGCCUACGUCGCACCCCAAAAUCAACGUGAACGGCACCCAACUGCAGGUCGUGAACGACUUCACCUACCCGGGCAACACCCACUCCCGCACCACCAAGAUCGAUGAUGAAGUGGCCUGCCGGAUUUUCAAAGCCAGCCAAGACUUCAGCUGUCUGCAAAGCACCGUCAGGAACGGUCACGGUCUCCACCCAAACGCCAGACUGAAGAUGUGUACGGCGGUCAUCCUGCCAAUACUGCUGUAUGUAGCGGAGACCUGGAAGGUGUACAAGAAGCAGGCGCGAAGACUCAAUCGUUUCCACCUCAGCUGUCUCCGACACAUAAUGAAGCUGAGAUGGCAGGAUCGGAUUCCCGUCACGGAUCUACCGGAGCGGACGGGAAUUCUCAGCGCCUACGCCAUGCUGAGACAGCUGCAACUGCAUUGGAGCGGCCACCCCGUGUGGAUGGACGAGGGGCGGUUACCCAAACAACUCUUCUACGGAAAUGUCGCUAGGGGUUCCAGCCGCCAAGGAGGCCAAAUCCGUCGAUACAAGGACCCUUUGAAGACUUCCCUGAAGCGUCUGCAAAUCAACUCGGCCAACUGAAAAGACCCCGUCCGAGACCAACCGAUCUGGAGGACAGCGAAGAAGGACGCAGCGAUCUAUGAAGCCAACCGCAUCGCCGCCGCGAAAGCCAAACGAGAAGCACGCAAAUUUCAGCUGCGCCCGCCUCGCAAAGUCACCGCCCAACCGACCCCAACGUGUCCACGGUGUCAAAAGACAUUCCGGGCCCCAAAUGGACUUGUUGGACACCUUCGGACUUACUUUUGCACUCGGACUGCACCAACCGUCAUCUCUCUGUACACCUCUCCCUCGCCUCCUACACCGUUAACUAACACUGACCGCCCUCCCGCACCGCCACUGCCCUUCUCCUCCUCCUCCUCCUCCCCCAAUUCCUCAACGUCUGCCGUUGUGGCAUCUGCCACGUACAUCAAUAUUACCCACAAUCCUGAGACACUAACAAACGCCAACACCACCACCACCACCACCACCACCACCACCACCACCACCACCACCACCACCACCACCACCACCACCACCGUUGACACUGGUGAUGACGACCUGGUUUACACUCGUCCUCAUUAUGACCGCACCUUCGCCCCACGCAUCGGCCUAGUCGGCCACUAG